AAUUUUUAUCUUUUUACGCUAUGUACGAGACGAUGAAAAAGCUGUUUUUAGUCUGCAGUUAACUUCAACAAUGAGAACGACACCUUUGUUAUUAAUUUGCCUGUUUUUUGCGUUGUGCUCCGGCCAAGCACCAUCCAUUCCAGUUCCUGGUAAUGGUGAAUGGUGGCACGGAAGACACAAUGACUUUGUAGCGAAUACAGCUGCAAAUCCAGGAAUUCCGAUAAUAUUUUACGGUGAUAGUAUCACCGAUUGGUGGGCCUGGCAUGGAUUGCCCGUUUUUAACCGUUACUUUGCACAACAUGGAGUUGCUAAUUACGGAAUUGCCGGUGAUCAAACUCAACAUCUAAUAUGGCGCAUUCAAAAUGGUGAAGUUGCUGGAUUGAAUCCUAGAUUAGUCGUGUUGAAGAUUGGAACCAAUAAUUUGGCGUCAGCUUCAGUACCAGACAUUGCACAGGGCAUUUUAACUAUUAUACAGACAUUGCGUACUCGUCUACCCAACACGAGAAUUCUGUUGGUCUCCGUACUGCCUCGGAAUGGAGUCGCAAAUUUCGAUAACAUUAGUGCAAUUAAUUCACUCAUCGCUCAGUACCAUAAUGGGCAAUACGUUUUCUAUUUGGACAUAUUUAACGAAUUCACUGGUCCUGUGUGGGGAACCGUAAACGAUUACUUGUUUUGGGAUGGAUUGCAUUUGAGCGAGGCAGGCUACCAACGUUGGGCAGAGCUUAUGAAUCCAUUGUUUAAUCAGCUGAUUUAAUCAUAAUAAUGGCAGCCGAAAAGCAAAGGAUGAUCUGUCUGAUCGAUCCUGAGAUAAUGUACAAUCUUUUACAUGCACAAGACAUUCUAAUAUAGUAUUACAGAGCAGAAUU